GUUCUCGGGAAAGACCACCCGGAUACCCUAACAAGUGUCAACAACCUGGCGCUGGUGCUGCGAUACCAGGGAAAGUAUGAUGAAUCAGAGGCCGUGAAUAGGCGUGCAUUGGAGGGACGGGAG